AUCUACUAUUCUUAACCCGUCUUUGAAUGACCAAAGGAAAGGGAUAGCAUUAAAAGCCGUCAAAGAAUCAACGAUGGAUGAUUCAAGCGACGAUGAUGAAAUCAAGCUUGUCAUGAAGAAGUUUUGUAAACUUCUAAGGAAGAAAGAAAAGGUUGAGAAUGGCCCUGUGUGCUAUGGAUGUGGUGAAGCCGGGCACAUCAAGAACAAAUGCCCGAAAAGCGGAAGGAAUUCUCGGCACUUCAAAAGGCAAAGGGCAUAUAUCUCUUGGGGUGGCGACUCCGGCGACGAGUCAACCGAUCAAGACGAGGAUGAAACUGCCAACCUCUGUCUCAUGGCGCACGAAGACCAAACCGACGAUGUACAAGAGGAGAUCAACCCGGCGCUGAUCCAAGCCUUCUACUCCAACCUCCGGCGUGAGGACGACGUGCUCUACUCGCUUGUCAAGAGCACGCCGAUCGAGCUCACCGUGGAGCAGCUUGGGCGCAUCGCCGGCCUCCCCUUCCAAGGCGACGAUGUGUCUCACUAUGGUGGAGAGGAUUGGGUGCUCAACAACGAGGGCCUUAUCCUCAACGAGCUUGGCAUCACCGAGCUCAAACGCCAUGCCUCGGGCCGCCCAACCAUCCACUCCGCCAACCCCGACGGCCGCCUCGUUCUCUACAUCGUCACCCGAAUCAUCAAACCGAUGAAGCACGGCCACACCAUCAUGCACGGUGAAGACCUCAAGCUUAUCCAUGCGAUCAUGCAUUCGGCCCCAAUCAAUUGGGCAAAGUUUGUCAUGAUCAACAUGACGAUUGCCGCGUCCACCGAGCACGACCACCUCCUCCCGUACCCGUUUUUGGUGAUGGACAUCCUUGAACGGUUCAAAGUAACCACCACCGUUGGCCCGCUCACGAAGGCCACGAAGAUUUGGACAAUCAGCAACCAAACCUUCCUCAAGCGGUCGGACAACGCCACGGCUGCCACUGCCCAGGCACGCCAUACUGCCACUGCCGCUGGCCAAGCCGAACCCCAGGCCCGGGCCAACCUCGCCUCCAUCGCCGACUCCCUCAACCGGCUCCACCUCAAAGUUGACGGGAUGGGUGGCUACCUUGAACGGCUCGACGUGGCUGUUCAACGCCAAGGAUACGCGAUGAACUCGUACUUCCAAGGCAUCAACUACGUCCCCCCACCGUACCACGGCACGUUCUUUGGGCAAGUGUACGGUGACGAAGACGAAGCCGAUGACUCCUAUGCCCCGUCAAGCUCCCCGGAUGAAGACGAGUUCGACGACGCCAUCGAUGGGGAUGAGAUGGACGUCGACGAUGAUGAGGAGGAAACCGAAGACGAAGACUAGGACUCCCCUAGAAUUUCUAUCUCUUCUACUUUAAUUAUAUUUUUUUAUGCUUCUGUUGUACUCCGUCAUUUCCCUUUAUUAAAUAAAAUCAUUUCGUUUAUCUUUUCGUUAAUGUCAAAAGGGAGAAGAAAAGGGCUAUGCAUAU